AUGGCUUCCUCGACAAUUAUUCCUGUUGUUUAUACUCAACAUCCAACAGAAAAAUGUCGUUUACGAUCACCACCGUCAUCUUCACAUCACUAUUCAAUUCAAGAUCACGGACAAGGCUAUCGAACAUAUUCAUACGAGUUUGAUUUACCGGACUAUGAACCAGAAGAAAUAACUGUUCUACUUGACGAGAACGGCACCUUACGUAUACGUGCUCAUCGUCCACCAUGUCGUGAAUUCAAACGUGAAUAUAAUCUUGGCGGACCGAAUGUGGACACAACACUCGUGAGAAAUACAAUCGAUAGUCGAGGACGUCUUCGUGUAGAUAUUGAUGUGCGACCACGACGUUAUGAUUCACAUGCAAACGCAAACGACACAUUUACAUUUGAUUUACAAGGUUAUCGACCGGAAAAUAUCACUGUACGUAUUAAUCGACAUGGUCUAUUAAAAAUCAACGCUCAACAUUUCGAUAAUACAUCGGGUAAUCAUAUUAAUCGUGAAUAUUAUCGACAAUAUCAAUUACCGUCGAAUAUCGACCCCGAUCAAGUACGUGCUCGAAUGGAUGCAAAUCAAAUCUUAACGAUUGAAUUACCUCCACCUUCACCCUCAAGAAAUUACACGAAACGUGAAUAUUGGAUGCCCGUCUACGAAAGAAGCUAUCCGCCUGCCUGUGGUACAGGACCAUAUGGUGGUUAUUGCUGUUGCAAUCUUAUGUAA